AAAUCACUGUAAAAAUUAUCUAAAACAUAAUUCUGCAUUUAUCUUAUAUUUCGUUAAAAAAUAUUUGUUUAUUGUUAAUCCGUUUGCAGAAAACUGUUGGAUUUUUUUCAUACAGUUUGCAUAGAUCGCCCCAGAUAUGGAUUCAGAGGAUGAAGAGGAGCAGGAAGGAGCAAAAGGUCCAAAAUUUCCCAUCACCAUGUUCAUUUCAGAAGGAAUGAAGUACCUGCGGUGUCACAUGUACGAAAAAGCCAUAGAUUUCUUCAACAAGGCCCUUGAGCGUGAGCCUAGCAACAGAAAGUCACUCCUUGGUCGUGGUAAAUGCUAUCUUUUGCAGGCAAAAUAUUCAGAAGCUAAGGAAGACGCAGAAGCUGUUCUUAAGUCGUAUCCUAAAUCAUGUGAAGCUAAGGCUCUCAAGGGUGAAGCUGAAUAUUUUCUGGGAGAUUUUGAACGAGGAUUCUUGACUUUUCGAAGAGGUUAUGACGCUAGGCCAAACUUCGAAGAUCUUAAAUUAGGGCAUCAGAUGUGUAGGAAAGCUAUUGAUAACUCCUUGUCUCCAGAUAUCCCCUUAAUUAUUGACGAUAAGGAUAUUCAAUCGAUUGAAGUUCUAAGCAAAGAAGAUGAAGAUACUGAAAAAAUGCGUAGUCAACCAAGUAGCUCAUCGCGUUCCCAAAUAUAUGAAGAUGAUGUAAGUUACCUUAAAGCUCUACUAUCUGAUGAUUCUAUAUCUUCAAUUCACGAAGACUGCCAUCAGUUGCUGGAUUACUUUAAAAACCGUCAAAUAUUUUGGAGAACCCACAAACCAAAUCUUCAGAUGCGUGAUACGUUUCCAUUUCGCGAAAUGAAAGAUAUUAAAUCUAACAAUGUAUUUAGCUUAGAGAAUCAAACAGAAAAUGAUGCAAUUAGAGAUAAAGACGCUGAAGCUAAGCCUGUAGAUGAGGAUAACAACCAAGAAAACUUGAUAGACGAACAGCAAAAUUCCAAUGAUGGUUUAAGCAGAAAUGACUCAUAGAAAAGCCUAAAUUAGUAAAUAAAGAAAAUAUCAGAUGAAUAGUUAAUGGGAAUUUAAAUGGAAAGUGUAAACUCAACUAAUAAGAAUAAGAUCCGAGGUACUAGUAACAAAGAUACAAAGUAUGAUAUUCUCUUAGGAUUACCAGGCGAGUAAAAAUAAAAUACAACCUAACAAAUAAAUAAUAAAAUACAAAAAGUUAAAUGGCUGAAGUUUGCUAAGAUGAGUGUUACCUUUAAAUAAGAAGAAUGCCUUUGAUUUUCAUUCUUCGAUAUAUCUACCUAGUUAUUUCAAUAUUAAGAACUGAUAUUUAAGACUUGAAUUAAAGUUUUAUAAUUAUUUUUAUCGCUUCAUUGCUAUAUUAUCGUUUUUGAUUGUAAAAUAAAUGUUUUAUUCUUUUAAUUAUUGUCAUUUUUAGCGAAUUCAUUGUGCAGGUUGAUAUAAGGACACAAUUCUUGAAAAUCAUGCACUUUAAUGAUAUUAGAAAUGCUCUAGGAAUAAAAGGUAACUCUCAAAUAUUAUAAAAUUAAUUUGCAACCAGUAUUUAUAAAUAAAAAUGUUUAAUGUAUGCGAAUGUGAUUUUCUUUGUAAUAAAAAUCGAGUAACAAAUCCAGUGUUUUAUUAUUAUUAUUAUAUUAUUAUUAUUUAUUUUUUUUUAGAUUAAAUAUAUGCAAAUUGUAAGUCAAACACGAGAGUACACUACUGUAUUCGGGAAAUAAUACUUUUUACGUACAGUAAAUCAUACUUAAUUCCUCAGAACUUGAUAAAUAUUACUGCUUCCUAUAAAAAUCAGCCGGGUAUGGAAAAACUUAUUAUCGUGUAAUUAGUUAAUAUGACUUCAAUAACGUUAAUUAACCAAUAAUACUAUAGUUAGCAAGAAUAAAUUUUUAUUAAAUGAUUCAGUUGGUUGUCAACUAAUCACUUUAAGUCUUUCACCAAAAUUUUACCAAAUUUUGAAUGACAAGCGGGAAACACUCCGGUCUCCCAUAAAUAUACAGACUAGCACUAAAUUAUCCGAAGCUACUUGAUA